GCCGUGUGAUGUCAAUCUAGAGGCUCCCCUACUCUACCGUUCCUACAGUAGGUAAAUAUUUGUGUUUGCUCAGCCGGCUGUAAUGGUGGACGACUGAAAGAGGAACGAGAGAAAUAAAGCCUCAAAAACUGAAUCACGAACCCAACACUACAGCCCACGGCUCGGAAAUAAGCUCCGGCGAAUAUGGAUGAACUUAAACAUCAAGUUAUGAUAAACCAGUUCGUCCUGACAGCUGGAUGCGCAGCCGAUCAGGCGAAACAACUAUUGCAAGCGGCACAUUGGCAAUUCGAGACGGCGCUCAGUGCCUUUUUUCAAGAGACUAGUAUUCCAUACGGCCACCACCACCAUCAAAUGAUGUGCACACCGGCCAACACGCCCGCCACGCCACCCAACUUCCCAGACGCGCUCACCAUGUUCUCCCGCCUCAAGGCCUCGGAGAGCUUCACCAGCAGCGGCAGCCCCGGCAUGGGCUCCAUGGGCUCCAUGGCCACGUCCCCUCCGCCGCCGCCCCCCAUGGGCUGGGGGAUGACCCCACCUGUGCCCGGCCAGCAGGGCCUAUGGACUCAGGGCGGGCCGACGCAGGCCCACGCGCAGCUGGCCCAGCAGCACCCGCACGCAGCGCAGCACCAACCCCAUGGCUGGCCGUCGGCCGUCAACCAGCAAGCAGCUGCCGAACAGAAGGCCAGCGUCGCCAUGGAGGCCGAGAGAUGAGGGGACAGGACUGCGUUUUAAGGAUGCCCCCCCCCCGCCGCUCCCCAAAGAAAACAACCAACUGCCCCCCACCCCACCUUUCUUUUUACUCCUGCAUAGCCCUGGGAGGGGUGGGGUGGGAAGGGGAAACAGGAAGAGGCGGGGUUUCAGGGGGGGCACUCUGCUUUCUCAUUGGCCGUGGGCAGAGAAAGGAGGAGGAGCUACACAACCAAGACAAAACAAAAUACCAAGCCACACAGACAAUUUAAAGAAGGGGAGAGAAAAACAAUGCAAGGUUAUUGAAACAAUAAUAAUAACGAUAAUAAUAAUAAUAAUAAAUAAAUAAACAAGAAAAAAAAACGCACAUCAUAUUACCGAAUAAGAAAGCAAGUGAAAAAAAUGUUCUUAGUUUUUUGUUCAUUUUAAAGAAAGCAUAGUUUUAAAGAAUAUAUAUAUAUAUAUAUAUAUAUAUAAAUAUAUAUAUGGAACUAAACCUGUCAUGCCCAAGGAUUUCUGAUACUCUCUGAAAGAUGGACAAUUUUAAGACAGCACCUGUUUCCUUUCUUUCUUCUGUCAUCUGGUGUCUUAUCUGUGCGCGAGACCUGUCAACAGUUUGCGUUGCAUGAAGAAUUGGAUUCCGUCAUUUUAGUCUUUUUUAAAAAUUUAUUUACUGUUUUUUUCACAGACAUACAUGUGGACAGUGUGCAACAACCACACAAACAUACACACACUCACUACAGACACAAUAUAUAACUAGGGUAGUAGAAGAAACCAGGACAUUUUUUUUCCUCUUGUCCCAUUGGAUGAUGGGAUUCUGGACUCUGUUUACCUCGCUGGUCACCUGACUUUCUUCAACCAAUCAGGGAAUCACAAUUGUUCGUAACCAAGGACAUUUUUUAAAUUAGAUAUCUUUUAUUCAGACAUCUUCAUAGUAAUAUCUCUGGCUUUCAUGUCGGGCAAAGACACACAGAGUUGGGACUGCAGAUACCCCCAGCCCUGGAUAGAUUUUAAAGUUUUGGGUAUUUUGUGGAGAAAGUCCAUUCUUUUUAGUGUUUUGUUUUUAAGGUUUUCAUUAAGAUUUGGACUCAAGCUGUUUGGCUAGUAAGACGGGUGUUAGGACUGUUUUGAAGAAAAAAAAAGCAACUAAGGCCGCUAAAAGUUUCUUUUUUAAAAAAACAAAGCUAUACACAAAACCUGACUACUAUAAUAAGAAAUGUUUGUAAGCAGAAUUGCCACUUUGCAUGAUGUACGCAAAUGCAUACCUACCAUCUUUUGUAGUUUGUUGCUUUUUUGGGGAAUUCUACAUGACCUGUAUUUUUUUUUUCCUUCUAAAUUCCUGUCUAAAACAUUUUUUGUUUGGAAAAACAUCUCUCACCCUUCAGUGUUGAGAGUGGGAGAAAAUAACACCCAUUAACACUCAAGUUCAGGGGCGGACUCAUCCCUUUUCUAGGGUCUGUUUAUUUAAAAAGGACAAAAGCAGAAAAAAACGUUUUUAUUGUUGGUCAACCUUUUCUCUAAGGAUGAGUGCUACAAAUCAUUUACACGAGUGAUACACUAUCAAUAACCCAUCAUAAAAAAAAUUGACUUCACAUAAUUCUUUUCUUUUGUGGUUUACUUUCCAUUUUGCACAGUUUUCUAAUCAAGAUGUCUCUGAUCACCGAUUUCUAAACCUUUUUUCAUGUAUGUGUUCCCCCUGUAUGACUGUUUUGAUGCCAUUCCCACAAUAUUUGUGGACUACCUGAUAAUUAAGUUAUCAUUGUUUGUGUUCCUAAAUAAAUAUUGUAUGUUCUAA